AUGGUUCAAGACUGGCCUCGGGACUCGUUCCCUCGUCACCAAUCAUUGUCUCACACAUGCUUCUCCCAAGAACAACAAACCGAGCGACACACUUCCUUUGCUGCUGAUCGCUACAGCCAUGGCAUGCAGGCACAGAAUGGCUUUCAUCAGGAUCGGUACCAAGGCAGCAACCAGAACAGCCGCUUCGGGGAUGUCAACGACCCUGCCCGUCGACACCCUCAAAUGGAUAUUGAUGACGCGCUUCGGAGACAGCUUGGAGUACCGGUACGGCGGUACUUUGUUGCAGCUGCAGCGGACGACGGAACGCCAUCCACCUUUGUCAGUGGUGGCCAUAAGCUGCCUGGAAACGUCAUUGCCCAAUUCUUCGACGCUGGGAAGUUUCAGCAAGUGAUGGGCAGACUAGAAGCUGGCAAGCCACUCAUAUGUUGCGCCCCCAAGAUGACUACUAACCUCUUCCUAGGCGCCGACCCCAUGCUAGACGACUCAUUCAACCAAGAUGAGCCCGUCUUUAAUCGACACAUAUUCAACCGCAGCCGACCGGGAGACCGUCGCAGAAGCUCGGCCUUGGCCGACUGGGGGAGUCCAGCUCGGUCUGGCCGUAAACGACCUAGACCACGUAACCCACUCAACGACGACGAAGACACGCAGAUGACUGUGUCUUCAAGGCGUGGAAUCAGAGUCGGGGAUUCUGACGCUGUUUGGGCAUUCUAUGAGCAACGAUUCAAAAACUGCCAACAAACAGCGUGCAAGCUCAUCGCCAAAGCCUGGGUUAAGGCUGUCGAACCCAAGAAGCAGUCGACUCACCCUUAUACUGGGAGUGAUGAGAAGGCACCAGACUGGUGGCCGAAGCCAUGGGGCCCGACAAAGGACGACAAGGUUCGCCACAAGGAACCAGAUCACUUGUACAAGCGAGAACGUGUUCAUCUACUGGCACAUAUCCUUCGAAUUGUUUUAGAGCCGAAUGGUAAACAGCACCCCGACAUUCGAAAGUUGGGCCUCAACGUGACGAAGCUGGAGGAAACCACUGCGGAAGCCUUGUCAUCAUUCUUCAUGGACAACGAUGCCAAUGCGCGCAAGAAGCCUUUCCUGACGGAGAUUUUCAAAGUGGCGCGACAAGAAGAACGCUACAAACUGGGUGAAAUUGACGGAUCGACCGAGAUCUAUGUCAUGUCCGAGGAUAAGGUUCCGGAUAAUUAUGUUUCCGAGAAUGACGAUGCGGGCUCAUAUAUCAAAGAGGACGAAGAUGUCGAGCCCGCUGCGAAACCGACGACGACUCUGGGCGGUGCAAUGCGUCCGUCAGUGCGCACAGACGCUACUACCUUGUCUGGCCUACCUGGAACCGGAGAUGCAUUUAUCGGCGACCUGCCGAUGCGCGGCUCUCAAUUCCAGCCCCCAAUGAUGAACGAGAUAGCCCCGCAGCACAAUUAUGUUGACAACGGCCCCAUGCAAGUUCAUGGCCAGGCUGGCGUUUCUGCAACUUCUAACCUCACCAUUGACCUUGUGCCAAGCCCACAUGAUGUCAGUCGCCGACCGUCUGUCUUUAGCGACUUUCCGAGCCCGGGCAGCACCAUGUACUCGCAACAAUGGCAGGCCAGCUCCAACGGGACGAACGGGUCGCCUAUGUACGCCUACGCAGCGCAGCCGCCGAAUAUCGAGGCCGGACCCUUUGUGUCUCCUGGAGUGCCCAUGGACCCAAGCCAGUCGUUUAUGACUACGUCGUUUGAGGAUGCGCCGCGACCGGGCUACACCGCCAGCCAGCAAGGCAUGUUUCGACAGGACGAAAUGUCGCAAAGCAACGUCGCACAGACGACCAGUUACAACUAUGUGACCAACGACGGACGGGGUUUGAUGUCCCAGGUAGUGGAGAAUGGCAGCAGAGCGACCCUGCAUUGA